GUGCUGGAGGCCGACCGUGAACAUGGAGCUCCUCCCCCUCGCGAUCAGCAUCCGCGUGACGCUGAUGGACGACGAGUGGUGGAUUUUCCGCGAGUGGGCCUUCCUCCAUCAGCCGUGGGUCCUCAAGCUUGUGCGCGAGCUGACCACGGGGAUCUGCACCUCCGAGAUGCUGGGGCGCAUCUUCGACACGCAG